AUGUUGUUGAUUGAACGCAUCAAGAAGAAUAUGACAAAAUUCCGCAUUUUUGAAGGCUUUCCUCUCAACACAGAAAGUGAAGGAAAAGAUUUGCUAUUCAGUCAACAAGGUUCGAUACUGGAUGCACGAGGCGUUAGACGUUACGGCCAUUCCAAGUCUUUUCACUGCAACUCUUGCGACUCACGCCUAAUUUGUCCGAGGGCAGCGUGUAGGAACACCGAAUGUCCCCUUCUAGGCUGGCUUCAUUGUAGCGUUACUCCGAAGCGGUGCAAAGCAUCGAAGCGAACUACUAUUCACUUCCUGCAAAUCGAGCCGCAACUGUCACUAAUACUUGGAAGAGUCCUCUAG